AUGUCCGCACCUCCACGAAUAAACCAGAAUGGAUUCAAGACGGCUACAAACUUUCUGGACUUGACAGACGACCUCCAGAGCGUGUUCAAGAGCUAUACUGGUAGCCGCGGGGAUAGUGUUGACAGCUUGGACUCGGAAAAGCAUCAAGCAGGUUCUCGAUAUGUCUUUAACUCGCCGCAGGCCCACCAGCCUCUCCCCGCGGUCCACAUUUCAUCGAGGUUGUCAUCGCUCGAGAAUCACGAAUCGGGCGAGGAAAUUGCCCGUACUGCGCCACAGACACCCACAUCGAUCAACUCAUUCGACUUUAGACCUCGCUACCCGCGUGCCGUGACAAAUUCCUCAUUGAAUGUUCUACUAGACACCCCCAGUGUUGAAACGGAGUUUCGAAGGCUAGUCGACUCGGCCGGCGCACCUGCCAAAACCAACCGCUACGGGGCGACGAUGGACAACUACCCUGACGGCAUCGCGGACGGCAUCGCGGACUCGUCAAGUCUACAAGAAGACGAGGACGACCAAGAAAACUGGGAUAAAAGAGGAGCAGCAGUGCGGUCCGUGCAUACACGAGAUGGGGGAACCACCAUAAUCAGAAGAAGCGUCAAGGAUUUCCAGUUUGGCAAGGAGUUGGGGGAGGGCUCCUACUCAACAGUGAUGUUGGCGACUGACAAGAUCACGUCGAAGCAGUACGCAAUCAAGGUAUUGGACAAACGGCAUAUAAUCAAGGAGAAAAAAGUAAAAUAUGUCAAUAUCGAAAAGCAUGCAUUGAACAGGCUAAGCAACCGGUUGGGUAUAAUCUCGUUAUAUUUCACGUUCCAGGACAAGGAAUCCUUAUAUUUCGUGUUGGACUAUGCCUCAAACGGCGAGCUUUUGACAUUGAUUAAAAAAUACAACACCCUAAAUGAAAAGUGCACUAGGCAUUUUGGAGCGCAGAUUUUGGACGCCAUCAAAUACAUGCAUGACAAUGGUGUGAUACAUAGAGACAUCAAGCCCGAAAACAUUUUGUUGGACGACAAGAUGAGGAUACAAAUCACCGAUUUCGGUACAGCACGGUUACUAGAAAAGAAAAGCGACGAGUCCGAGGACUACCCAGUUGACGUGAGAGCCAAGUCGUUUGUCGGUACCGCAGAGUAUGUGUCUCCCGAAUUGUUGGAGAGCAAAUUUUGUGGAAAACCUGGUGACAUUUGGGCAUUUGGCUGCAUAAUCUACCAAAUGAUUGCCGGAAAGCCUCCCUUUAGAGCUACCAACGAGUAUUUGACUUUUCAAAAAAUCACCAAGCUUCAAUACGCUUUCAGUGCAGGGUUCCCCAAUAUUAUCAGGGACUUGAUUAAAAGAAUCCUUGUUUUGCAACCGUCCAAAAGGGCAACGAUUCCGGAAAUCCAAGAGCAUUUUUUCUUCCAGCUGAUUAAUUUUGACAGUUUUGACGAGAUAUGGUUGAAACCACCGCCCGAGCUCGGCCCUUAUAAGAUGAGUGCCAAGUCGAUGAUGAAGGUCCCUAAUCCGGUCAAAGCAGUGUCUUCUAUUGCACCCAAAAAGAGAACCUCAAAGCCAACAUCCGAAAAAGUCGCCGUGCCAAAGCUGCUGCUGCUGGCGACAUCUGGUAGAACAGAAAAGAGCGACAAUUUAACAAGUGUUCAAACAAAUCCUGCCACCGAGGUCAAUGCCGCCAAUGCGGCUGCUGUGGCCCUCAGGAAACCUCUGUCUGGGUCUGAAGCUACUAGCAGCGAGAAUGUAAGUUUUUCGAAGGAAAACUCAUCGGAGAGCAGGAGAAGUUCCCGAGGACCUGACUACAUACCAGGGACAAACAUUUUGAGACCACAGAUAAACACGAGGCCGUCUGUUCAAUCGUACUCGAGAGCAUCUACUCGAGAAAAGUCGAAAACUCCUUCGCGUGCAAGCCAAAAGCCUGACGUGAUGCAGGUGACGGAACCUGGUACUUUGGAAGCUGCCUGGGGUUUUUUCCUCACCGAUCCUGAUGAACGGGUAAUCAGAGUUGGGCCUGUGAUUGCCCACAGAGAACUGACGGAAGCGUUUAAUCGAAAACAUCGAGGUUCCCUACACGCCUCGCCCUUGGAUGCCACAAAGACGCCUUCCAAUAGAUCCGGUACAAGCUUGCUCUCUCAGAUGGUGAAUGGGAUACCGGAAACGAGUCUGGAAACGGCGGACGAGACUGUUUCUAUCCAAGAACCGGCGGACUUGACCGUUUUGAAAAGAAAUGAUAGCAAGAGAGACCGAAAUAAUUCCGAUGCCGCCGAGUCGAUAGUCAGGUCGGGCCCUAAUCUCAAAAACUCGAUUUUCAAAAAGCUCGGUUUGAGCCAAGCGGAAAGGAAAGAAAGCUCGGCAGAGGAAGUGAAUCCAUUUUCGCUUGAAAAGAAUCAAACGGGGACCUUGAUUGUCACCACCCACGGGCGGGCUCUUUUAGUAGCGAGGGAAAACAUGGAUUCUCCUUAUAAGCUAAUCUUGGAGAUCAAACUAAGUUAUCCUUUUAUCCAUUUCCAAGAGUUGGUGUCGCCGCAGAAUAAGUUUUCGAAAUUUUUGCCAACUGUUGGAGUUUUUGUCAUAGCAUCGGUAAACCUGUCCUACGUGUUUGAAGUUGAAAAGUAUGACGUCAGUCAGUGGACUGAAGCCCUUGCAAAAGCCAAGAACAAUGAAACACAGAGGCAAUUGCUUGCUGAGCAAGGUGGUGGUAGUACUUCACAACGUUUGCAACAAAGUAGAGCCAAGUCUUUCAACACCAAUCAGCAAACUGCGCAAGUCAAGUCUCCAAAGUUGUCCAAUUCCUCGCCUGCAGAAAGCAAGUCCAACAACAAUAAUAGUAGCAGCAGUGGUAACGGUAACAGUAACGGUAUCAGUGCCAGUACCAGUGCACGGAAAAGUGAGGAUAGCCAUCCAAAGUCUCCGAAAUUGGCAGGGGAAUCGUCGAAGCAGACAAGCAUGUUGAAAAGUAGAAUUCUUAGAGCGUCGCCUCGAAGAAAACCACCGCCCGUGAGUCCUCCCAACGAAUUGAAUAGCCACACUGGCUUACCCAAAAGCUCUGCUGACACUGGACAAUUGCACGCAGCCCAGUUGGCUGUCUCGCAGAACGCACAUGUUCCGUUGUCAGAUAAUAGACGGUCUAGUUUUACAAAGGAGACCGGAACGAAAAUCGAUACCACCCACAUUAGACAUCUGCCCAGUAGUGGCAGUCAAAGACUGCCUAUUGUUACUGGAGCAAAUUCAAAAUUUUUAGCAAGAAGUCAUAGAAAGUAA